GGCAUUUGGAUUUGGACGUGCUUGAUUUUUGUGUGACACAGCUGAGCACAUCUCGGGCUGCUGCCAUGCCAGUUCUCCUCCCCUUGCGUGCUUGUUCGACGACCUCCCCGUUAGCACUGAGUGGGAGCGACUCGAGUGAUGAGAGCAGCUCCAGCGACAGCGACAAGAACGAGUACGCAGAAGGGCUGGGCUUUGCUGACCGCCACCGGCCAGCUAUCAGCAGUUUCGAGUUCGACAAUCACCCCAGGGAGGAGUAUUUCGAGCAGCCCCGCAGCAGCAGUGGCGAAGUGACCCGUUGCAUCGAGCUACCGCAGCCGAAGGGAGAUGGUCCCAUCUUGACGACGCUGAGAGAGUUGGAGGCUAAGGAGGAGAAGGAGGAGAGGGAAGCUAAGCGUGCCCGGACGGCCUCGCGUGGGCAACCUGCGAGAGGCCACCCGGGCGCCAUCCCUCAGCUCCGUGCUUACGGCGCCUGCCUGGCACUCCUCCGGACGGGGUCCGGCUCGAGCACAGCGACUGCGGCGGAGGGGUCCGCGGUGGAGAUUUUCCGGUCGCUGCGGGCACUGGAGGUUGGGGAAGCGGAGCUGCGCGGCAGCGGCAUCGGAAAGGAGAUCUCCAAAUCGGCCUGGCAGAAGAACCGAUCCGGCACCAUUGCAAGGCUGGCACAAGGCCUUUUGAGGCGCUGGCGGCGGACGGUGCGCGCCCAGCGUGAGAUGGCAUGAUCGAUUUGCUUCGAUAAGUCCACGAAUGCUUUUGAAAGAACAGGAGUUGGUGGAUGCCCCUGGACCUGUCAC